AUUGCUUUGACUUUUUUGUUAUUCAUGUAAUCAUGUCAUUUUGUUUUACGUCAAAAAUGGAGGAGGAUCGUCUUUUUGAUGAGAGAAUUUCAAUUCGGGAAUCUGCUCGACCUCUAAAAAAGUAUGGGAGUACUUGCAACCAUAUGAAAAGGAAUGAAGAAUAUAUUAAACAUGUGAUGGCAAAGGGUGACACUUUACAAGGCAUUGCUUUGAAAUAUGGUGUUACUAUGGAGAAAAUAAGGCGAGCCAAUCGUUUGUUUGCUUCGGAUAGUUUAUUUUUGAGAGAAUAUUUGCUGAUCCCAGUGACCAAAGAUUCUCCAUUUUACGAGAACGGUGAGAGGGUCACAGAGCUUGCUCCGCCAAGUCACCGUGCCUCUAUCGCUGGCAUGCCAACAAGAGACUUUUCACCGGGAAGUCCAGAUGAGAAGGAAACUUUUGAUAAUUUCCUCAACAGAUUGGACUCUUCAAUUGCUAACAUCAAGAAGCAUGUAGAAAAAACCAAGGAGAACAGUGAGUUUGUGAAAGACUUAGAAGAUGGUUUUGUAAGACACCGGCCGACGGCACGUCUCAGGCAAUCGGCAUCGAUGGGAGCCUCGACGUCCUAUAAUGAGGUCAUCCCGCCGCCCUUGCCGCCACCGCCCUCGGCGCUUACACAAGGCAGGCGGGUGGACAGCUCCUUGAAGCGUUUGGAAAGGGCACACGAUGAUUUGUUUCAAUUGUAGCGGUCGAGACAGCGCAGAUAUGCGCGAUUAGAGUGAGCCCGAUACUUCAUAACUGAACAACAGUCAUCGAAUGUAUCGGCUACUGGAAUAAUUUCAACUCGGAAGUGUAUGAACUGAAUACGCUUGGUGAGUUCGUUGCGAGGUCACGGCGAGUGAUAUUAGAUAAUAAAUAACUGUAAAUUAUGAUCUGUUUGUUUAAAUUGACCAUUUUGGUCCUUCGAGCCGGAUGAGUAGCUUGUACGCAAUGAUAGGAUGGUGGAUAAAUUGUUGAAGAAUUGCUUUGCUAAAUUAGAACAAAAAAAAUAAAUAGAAAUUAAAUCAUAAUUGGUAUAUAAUCUAAAAUGAUUAGGUGUCUAUCUAUCUAGACUUUAGCCGGAAUAGAGUAGUCGUUAUAUCAAAAACUUGUAAACACGUUGUAGAAGUUUGUUGUUCAACGAGCCAUCCUAUCACUUGCUUUUAACCGUAAAAUUUGAUACUUUGUCAUUGAUGCGUGUUGUGUAGACCCCGAGGACUAGUUAAUUAAAAACUAAAGCGUUUAGUUACAACGUCCUAGCUGUCUACAUCACGAAACGUCUGACAAACAAAAUUCAACACUAUAUAAUAUUAUAAAUACAUGUAUAAUAAUUACUAUAAAUAUAAUAUAAGCAUAGCAAUUUAUUUAUAACGUAAUUAAUCUUGCUUAUCCGUUUACGUAUUUAUAAUAAACUUUUAGUUAUAAAAAUGUAAUCUAUGUACAAUAUUUUUAUUAUAAAGUGUAUUGACGUUGUGUGCUGUGGAAAUUUCAUCUCCACUCGUCCAUGUGUUUACAUAAUAAAAUAUUUAAAAUUAGAUAGCGAACUGUUAUUGCUGUGAAUCAUUUGUACAGAGGUCACGAGAUCACUGAUAAAAAAUCUCUAUUUGCUUCGAAGAAAUGCACGUUAAAUAGUUGUAAAGUUGUUUCUUCUUCUGUCUUAUUAAAACAUGUUGUAAAUUUGAAUUUAAAAAAAGUAUUUCUAUUAAGUACAAUCGAAAACAAAAAUAUUAUUAUCAAUAUUGCCGUGGAUAUCAAGCCCUGGUUUUUAAUUAAUACAUUAAUUUGAUUAUGCGUUUUAUAAAACAGAUAUACAAGAGAUGUAUGAAACAGCGAGUUAUGUAUGUUUUGUACCAGCGAUUUUUAUUGUUUGCAUACAACUCUUGGCUAACCCUUUGAGUAAGGUUUUAUUUUCCACUGGGUAAAAUUUACCCCAUUUACGGACACAAUUUAAUAUAUUUAUAUAGUGACUUGUAUAAAUGUACAAUUAACUUUUGUAUAAGAAAAGGAGUAAUUUAUUACGAGCUAAUAUCUCGCGUUUUUAAAACAAUCUGUAUUUUCUCCGGAAAAGCCAAAAUACUACUUAUUAAACUAUUAUUUAAUUUAAACGUGUACAUAAGGUUUUGCUAUGAUAUCAAUAUACAAAACUGUUUUAUAUGUAACAUAUUAUUUUAUAAGAAUUGCAGAUCAAUACUUAAAUCGUCUCGGAAUCAAACAUACAAAACUUAUAAAUUUAAUUGAAAUGAGUAAUUAGUUUAAAUUGAAAAACUAAUUUCCCAUAGGCAUUCAUUGUUGAAGUUGUAAUUAUUUUUAUAACCGAGUUUUAUAUAUUAUAUAAAAAUGUAUAUGAAUGGUUUAUUGUUUAAAAAUUCAUAUUCAGUCUGUCGUGUCACUGAUGCUAUUGAUGCAGAAAUAACAGAGACAGUCUUUGAAUGGAAAAAGGCAUUAUUAAUUUUUACUCUAUCCGAUGUAACAAAUGCUUGAUAAAACAUAUUUCUAAAUUAAUGUGUGACGUAAUUAGGGAAAAUGUGAUUACGUUAUUGUUUUGUUUUGAAACUGCAAGUUAUUUUUUAAAACCAUAAUAUGCCUAUUGAUUGACGCAUUCUUUUGUUAGUGAGAGUAAAUGCUUUAUAUUUUGAUAUAUUUAAUUGUAAUAACGUAAUAUCAAUACACGAAGUUCGUGGUAAUCUUAUAUAGAUAAAUAUCGGCACUAAUUAAUUAUAUUGGUGUUUAAAGUUUAAUGAAUGUUGAGCUUGAUAGAAUAUAUUAAUGAAAUAUAAAUAAUCACAUUUGUUAGAUUUAAGGAACUUUCUAUCGAGUCAUUGAUGUUAAUCUUUAAUAAAAAAAAUAUUUGGAA